ACAUUUGUUUUCCUGUAAAACCUAGCGGAGAAUUGACACAUUUCUCCGUUUUACCAAUGGUUAUUCUAUAUCUGUUGAUUUAAUCAGGUUUCUUCAUUUUCUGUUUGCCUCUCUUCAGAUACGUUAUUCCAAAAUGCUGAAUACUGGUAAACUUGCCGGUCGUACCAUUUUCAUCACUGGUGCUAGUCGUGGAAUCGGUAAGGCUAUCGCCUUGAAAGCAGCAAAAGAUGGAGCCAACGUCGUCAUUGCUGCUAAAACGGCAGAACCUCAUCCAAAAUUGCCCGGAACUAUCUACUCUGCAGCUAAAGAGAUUGAAGCUGUUGGAGGUAGAUGCCUUCCAUGCAUUGUGGAUGUAAGAGAUGAAGCUCAAAUUCAAGCAGCUGUUGAAGCUGCUGUGAAGGAGUUUGGUGGAAUUGACAUUUUGGUAAACAACGCUUCAGCAAUUUCCCUCACAGGUACACUGGAGACACCAAUGAAGAAGUAUGACCUCAUGCACCAUGUCAAUACAAGAGGCACAUACCUAACGUCCAAACUAUGUCUGCCCUACUUGAAGGUAGGGAAGAACCCACACAUCCUAAACCUAAGUCCUCCUUUGAAUAUGAAUCCAGUCUGGUUCCAAAACCAUGUGGCUUACACUAUGGCAAAAUAUGGCAUGUCAAUGUGUGUGCUGGGUAUGGCAGAGGAAUUCCGGUCAGAUGGAAUUGCAGUCAAUGCCCUUUGGCCCAGAACUGGAAUCACAACUGCUGCUAUGGACAUGUUGGGCAAGCUGAUGGGUGGUGAAGACACAGUCAACCAGCUUAGGUUCCCAGAGAUCAUGGCUGACGCCGCCUACGUCAUCCUCACUAGAGAUUCAAAGAAUUUCACACGCAACUUUUGCAUCGAUGAAGAUAUUCUCAGGGAAGUGGGCGUGACGGAUUUUGACGUCUACGCCGUUAAACCUGGAACACCACUGAUGCCUGACUUUUUCCUUGACGAAUUCCUCGAUGACUUCGCGAAGAAAUCGAGUCCGAAAACGGGAGCUGGAGUGAAACAAGAGGCUUCGGCAGCCGCUGGCCAAGUAGAUCAAUUGUUCAAGACUAUCAUGGCCGUUACAAACGAAGAAAUCGUCAAAAAAACCAAUGCCGUCUUCGCGUUCGAAGUCAAGGGCGCGGAAGAGGGCCGCUGGUACCUCGACCUGAAAAACGGUUCAGGUUCGGCCGGGAAAGGAGAAUCGCCAUCGCCGGCGGAUGCCACUUUGAUAAUGGACAGCCAAGAUUUCGUCAAAAUGUUCCAAGGUAAACUGAAAGCAACGGCCGCCUUCAUGACCGGCAAGCUGAAGAUUAAGGGAGAUAUGGGCAAGGCCAUGAAAUUGGAAAAGUUGAUGGGUUCCCUGCAGUCCAAGCUUUGAAAG